AUGGGUGAAGGGAUCACAUUUAUAUCAUAUAUGCAGAAGGGGUUGAUUGACUCAAUCCAAACUGUUCUUCCAGAGUCACACAUUAGAUUUUGUGUAAGACAUAUAGAAGUAAAUUGGUGUAAGAGAUGGGGUUCUGGUGAAUUCAAAAAAUUGCUUUGGUGGGCUGCAUGGAGUACUUAUGAAGAGGCCUUGAAAGAUCAGAUAAAGAAUAUGGGUCAAGUAGAUGAUGAUGGAAAGGAAGUUGUGGAGGAUUUGUUGAAGUAUCCACCAAAAUGUUGGAGUAGGGCAUUCUUUGAUACUGUUUGCAAGAACCAGUCUGUAGACAACAACUUGACCGAGUCAUUUAAUGCAUGGAUCUUGCAAGCAAGGCACAAGCCAAUCAUUAAGAUGCUUGAGGAUAUUAGAAUCAAGGUGAUGAAUAUGAUUACUGAACAUGAAGCUGAGGUGAUGUCAUGGGGAAAUGAAUACAGUCCUAAAAGCAUGGAGUUGUACAACCAAUUUAUGAGGAUUGCAUUGAAGUGUCAUGUUAAUGGCAGUGCAGACCAUGGAUAUGAGGUGACUGAAAGUAGUGACAGGCACAUUGUGAAUUUGAGAUUAAAGAAAUGUACCUGCAGGGCAUGGGAUCUUUGUGGCAUUCCAUGUCCUCAUGCAAUAUGUGCAUUAUUGCACAAGAAAGUGGACCCUCUAAGUCAGAUUCAUUGGUACCUUACCAAAGAGACUUAUCUCCAAAUUUAUUCACAUAAGUUACAACCAGUAAGAGGAGAAAAGUUCUGGAAAAUUGAACCUUCACAGUACAUGGCUCCACCACUUUUGGUAAAGAUGAUUGGGAGACCAAAGCAUUCUAAAGGAAAGCAGCCCAUUGGAGGCAAGAAGAAGGGAAAGCAGACAAAGAGGAAGAGAACUUUACUAGAUGAAGUAAAUGAUGAACAACCCAGAUCUGAACAGCCCAGAUCUCCCUCUGCUGCACCAGUGCCACAAGAAGUCAAUGAUGAGGAAAUUCAUCUGUCAGCCCCUCAGCCAAGUUAG